GCUGCUUGGGUCGUUCGGUUCUUCUCUUUCCUCUUAUCCCUCUGCUACCUCUCGGGGACCGCGCUCUCGCCGCGUCCCUCUGCAUUUCUUUUUCUUUUCGGCCUUGAACUGAUCCAGGUGGGAGACAGGUCGGCCCGUGGAAAGCCCCAGAAUAGGUAGAGAUAGGCAGGCAGACGCAACAGGUCGGAGCAGGGAGACAGACCCGCGAACCCUGCGCCUCUGCGCGGGGGACCACUAAGGAGGUGUCGGAUCUUGAGGGGUCAGAAGAGCUGCCCUGGUGGGUUUGAUUUUUAGCUGUGACCCCCGGCGCCACACAACCCCCGGCCGGAGGGUCCUCUUUACUCUCUCAGCUGGAAGGGGAGAAUCAGCAGAAUGGUCCACAGCUGCUGAUCCGGACUCCGAGCCAAUCUCAGGGCCACCUCCGACCCGGGGCUCCGACUCCACCAACUAGUUGUGCAGCCGCAGGGACUGAACUUUGGGGGAAUCGGCCUUUCCUCUCCUUCUAAGAUUAUUGGAGGAGGUAGAGGGUGGAAGGCUUAGCGGAGACUAGCGACCCCGCCACGAUGUUGGUGAAGAAGCUUGCAGGAAAAGGAGGGGGACGAGAGCCUGGAUCCGAAGAUCCGCGCCCCUUGGGACAGCGUUGUGCUGGCACCAUGGCCUCGUGCGCGGCUCUGGCGACCCUCUUGUCAGUGGUUGCGGUGGUGUUUUGCUUGUAUCUUGGGGUGAAAACCAACGACCUCCAGGCGAGGAUUGCCGCUCUUGAAUCUGCCAAAGAAACCCCUUCCUUUCGUCCGCUGCCUGAAAUCAUGGACGAGCUCAAGGCUAUGGUUCAGGAGAAAGUGGAGCGUCUCUUGGCUCAGAAAUCCUAUGAACACAUGGCUAAAAUACGGAUCGCCAGAGAGGCACCUUCAGAGUGCAACUGCCCAGCAGGUCCUCCGGGGAAACGAGGGAAGAGAGGCCGAAGAGGAGAGUCUGGUCCUCCUGGUCAGCCCGGUCCCCAGGGCCCCCCUGGUCCAAAAGGCGAUAAGGGAGAACAAGGCGAUCAGGGGCCUCGGAUGGUGUUUCCUAAGAUCAAUCAUGGCUUUCUCUCUGCUGAUCAGCAGCUCAUUAAACGGCGGCUGAUUAAGGGUGACCAAGGACAAGCAGGGCCUCCAGGACCCCCAGGUCCUCCUGGUCCAAGAGGCCCACCUGGGGACACAGGAAAAGAUGGCCCCCGAGGGAUGCCAGGAGUACCCGGUGAACCAGGGAAACCAGGAGAACAAGGCUUGAUGGGACCUCUGGGGCCUCCAGGACAAAAGGGUUCCACCGGAGCACCUGGGACCCCAGGCAUGAAUGGGCAGAAGGGUGAGCCUGGAUCACCUGGAGAAGCAGGGCAGAGUGGACUCCCAGGACCAAAGGGGGAACCUGGAAAAGAAGGAGAAAAGGGAGAUGCUGGAGAAAAUGGCCCCAAAGGUGACGCGGGAGAAAAGGGUGAGCCAGGAUCAUCAGCUGCAGGAAUUAAGGGAGAACCUGGAGAAUCUGGUCGUCCAGGACAAAAGGGUGAGCCAGGGCUGCCUGGACUACCUGGACUCCCGGGGAUCAAGGGAGAACCAGGCUUCAUUGGUCCUCAAGGAGAGCCGGGCUUACCAGGGUUACCAGGAACAAAAGGUGAACGUGGAGAGGCAGGGCCUCCUGGAAGAGGUGAACGCGGAGACCCGGGAGCCCCAGGACCAAAGGGGAAACAAGGUGAAUCAGGAGCUAGAGGCCCAAAGGGGUCAAAGGGUGAUCGUGGAGACAAAGGAGACUCUGGAGCUCUGGGACCCCGGGGUCCACCUGGGCAAAAGGGUGAUCCAGGAGCUACUGAGAUCAUAGACUACAAUGGCAACCUCCACGAGGCCUUACAGAGGAUUACCACCUUAACUGUCACGGGCCCCCCUGGACCUCCUGGACCUCAAGGACUACAAGGGCCAAAGGGUGAGCAAGGAUCUCCAGGAAUUCCCGGAGUUGAUGGAGAACAGGGUCUCAAAGGUGCCAAGGGAGAUGUGGGGGACCCAGGGAUGCCAGGUGAAAAAGGAGGAAUUGGACUUCCUGGAUUGCCGGGUGCCAAUGGAGUAAAAGGAGAGAAAGGAGAUUCUGGGUUGCCGGGGCCUCAGGGUCCUUCUAUCAUAGGCCCACCAGGCCCGCCAGGUCCCCAUGGCCCACCUGGCCCCAUGGGACCCCACGGACUUCCUGGACCAAAGGGAGCAUCUGGCUUAGACGGAAAGCCAGGAUCCCGGGGUGCAGAUGGUCCCAUAGGACCCCAUGGCCCUGCAGGUCCCAAAGGAGAAAGAGGAGAGAAGGGAGCUGUGGGAGAGCCUGGACCCAGAGGACCCUAUGGGCUGCCUGGUAAAAAUGGAGAGCCUGGUCUUGAUGGCUUCCCUGGUCCUCGAGGCGAGAAGGGUGACCUGGGAGAAAAGGGAGAAAAGGGAUUCCGUGGCGUUAAGGGGGAAAAGGGGGAGCCAGGCCAGCCUGGCCUGGAUGGGCUGGAUGCCCCUUGCCAAUUGGGACCUGAUGGAUUACCCAUGCCUGGCUGCUGGCAAAAGUGAUGAAUCUAACCUUCCAAGCAUGAAGUUGUGUAUAUAAUGGUCCACCUGUUAUAUUUAUAGUUGAAAAACUGUGACUCGCAGAUUUUUGCAAGUAUGGGAUCUGCUCCCCCGGCACUGUUUCUCCCUGUUCACAGUAGUACAGACGCCCAUCUCUUCUCACAUCUGAAACUAGGCAGUGUACGGAAGUGAGGAGGCCACAGGAAAUAUAUAACUCAGUGUCUCUAUUUUACGUGAACAUACGUAUUUAUAGGGACAUCGGUGACAAAGAAUGAUUGCCCGCGCUCGUUUCCUAUUUGGAGCUUGUUGACCGCAUGGACAGAAAGUGCCAUGAAAUAGUUUACAUGAAAUCGUGACCAAAUAUGGACUCAAAGCUAUGAACAUGUAGCACACAUUCCCUAGGAACACCCAUUCGCGCCCACCCCGCCUGCUGAAACCUUCUAAAACCAGCAUGACCCUGUGCCAACCCUGUUUGUGCAAAUGCAGACGCUUGCAUGCCGCCUCACGAGUGCUCUGACUACAGCUGAGCCUUUGUUCCUUUUGUCAUCUCAAGGGGGUUACACCGUGGCUCAUUGCCAAAAAGAGAUAAGUUGCUGGAGAACACACGCACAGUUGGUCUUAUAUUUUGAGGGAGCUGCAGUCCCGACUGCAGAUCCACAGAUCCUAACAAUGUGGGCUUCCUGUGACCGCCUUGGUUGAAAAAACCGAAGGGUUGAGUGGGAUUUCUGCCACUUGUUUUCCUUGGGCUGCGCUUGGCAGUGAAGACGUCGGAAGAGGACCCGGUUCAGCAUCCUGCACUGUCUCUCGUGUGACCGAGUUGGAAGGAGAUUUAUAACCACGGAAAUCCAGAGGGGCGGGAAUUGUUUUUCUAGAUGAACUGACGUCCCAGGGGUGUUGAUCUCGGUGCUUUGGGAAAAAGUCAGAGGUAUUGCAGCUGUGUUUCCGAGACAGCGGAGCCUUGGAAUGGAAGCCCCUGUUCGUGCAGUUGGAAAGGUGCAGACUUGCCAUCAGAGCUCGGGGUGCUGAAGAGAGACCGUGUCCCGAGAAGGGAUCGGACAGAAUAAGAUGUGCUUCAAAUGCCGGGGAAUCCUUAGUGCUGGCUCUACCAAAGGUAGCCGGAAAGUGUCCGUCUCUCCCUUCCUUCUGGGGUUGACACACACCAAUCGGUUUUUUUUUUUUUUUUUACAAGUUCCAGAAACAAACUGUAGUUCCAUUCUUUCUCAUACUUUUUGUUUUCUUAGGAACAGAAACUAUUUGCUUCACUUUGGGCCUCAUAGGUUUUUAAACAUUAUUUUUUAAAAAAAGUUUUCAAAUCGUGUAAUGGUUUGAAUCCAAUAGUAAAAAUAACCUUACCAUCUCCUUAUUUUGUUUAAGAUAAUUGAAGAGAUUAUAAGAAGGCUUCAUUUUUUUUACUUAAUUCAUCAUAAAGUAUGACAAUUAAGCAUUUUUUACUACUUUUUGAUUGACGUUGACAAAUUUGUUAUCAACGUGAAAGUCAAGAUUUUAUCACAUUUGAUAGCAUGAACUUGCUUCUUCUAGUUUUUUUUUUCUAUAUUGAAGUUUAUUUCUCGAGUUUUGUUUUUACAUUUCUAAGUGUUUGUCUUAUCCACAGACCAAAUCUGAGAUCUCAGAAAGCCCUGGAAUAUAGUUGCCAGAAAAGGUCUUGUUUUUACUGACUUGCUCAAAACAUACCAAUGCAGACUUAGACUGGGCAAUUCCUUGCUGAGCUGGUGGCAUGUUUUGAAAUGACUUACUCUAAGUGGAAGGGUGGUCUGGAGAAGCACCAUCCGUGGAAGCAGUGAUCCUAGCAGCCCCUUAGGGAAUUUCAUUUCCCUCGGUGAUUGAAUGUCAUUUUUCUGGGGACAUUUUGAGCUCAGUGUUUAGAUUUUCACCACCAGAAGGGAAAUUAGUUCACGCUUAGGCUUAUAACAGUGAAGAUACAAUUUCAAAACAGAUCUUAAGAUGUCUUUCCUAUCGUGUAACCAAAUGCUCAGUCAUACAAAAUGAUGUCAUCUUUUUCCUUUGUCAUUUCUGAGAUUAGAAUUUAAAUGUUAGAUCAGACUAUCUAGUAAUAUUUCUAAUAACAUUCCACACUCCUAAGCCAAUUCAGCAUUUUUUCUUUUUUUUUUUUUUUUUUAGUGAAGAGUGUUUCUAACAAUUUCUUGUAUGAUUAUGUUUAGGGUAAGGUGUUUCACAAUAAAUGAAACAAUUCGUCUUAAAUCAUUUGGAUCACAGAAAUGAGCCCAAGAUGACACAUUAUCUUCAGAAACAAAAAACAAAAUAACUGUAUAUAAGAUCUUGAGGACAAUCUGGUGACUAUACUUCCUCCUAUCUUCCUUUCUGUUUCUCCACCAGAAAGAGGUAUUGAGAGGGAUUAUUAUUUCAGAUUUAGAGAGAUUCUAAUGAUGGUUUUGUUGUUGAACUAGUUUCAUUAAAGUAUUGGACACGCCCCUGAAGAAAAGCACUGCACAGCGUGUGUGCACUGGGGUUUUCCUUGUAAGGCACAUUUGAAGGAAUGUGUAAACUUCUAUUUCUGUACUUCCUUGGAACAAACAACAGGAUGAUGGUAGUUCCCUGUGCUCAGUGGAUUGCUAGGUUACCCGCCAUGAGUUAACCUUGAGCUUUGGACUAUGAAAACAUAUUUAACUCAUCCAUUUUGUCAUCUAACCAAGUAAUUUCCAAAGGAAUCAGUAAUGGAUUAUUGUGUCGAUACAUAUGUUUAUAGAUUGCAUUCUUUUUCAUAAAGACUUUUUUAGGGAAAUGAAGAAAAAAAGGGUAUGGGACACUCACUGGAAAUACGUCAAGGUCAGGUUUUACUUCAGAGACAUUGCCUCUCUCCACUGUUUUCCAUUAGCCUCGGUUGCUGCUGGGAAAUACCCUUCCUUUUUAUUUCAGUGGAUAGUUGACCUCUACUGUGGGCGAUUUUAUUUCUGUUUAAUGGCAUUCCUACGCUGUUAUUGUGUGGCUUUAUUUUUGAAGUCCAUAAAUCUGUUGUAAUGUAGUUCGAUGACCAGCCUUUCCUCAUGUAAAACAGCCUUCUGUGGUGCCCCUUAUCCUGUGUUCAUCAUAUAUACCACAUGCCUUUAUCGGUUUUCAUUUUCCUUUUUUUUUUUUUUUUUUUGAGUUCCUUCACCUUCCAGCUUACACACUGUAAGCUUGCCUGAUGCAGCCAGUGCUAGAAAAGUCUGCACGCGACACAUAGGGUAACUACAUAUGCCUGAAUCCCUCCCAUCUUUCCUUUCCCGUUAUCAAAUGCAGCCUUGCCGGGUUUUUCCUUUUCCUCUUAUUUUAUGGAGAAUAUUGGAAUGUCUCUCACUCCUACCAAUAGAAAGUUCUUGGCUUUAGCUUUAUACUCUGAGUAUCUGAUGUGUUCGUGGGCAGUAUGCAUGUGUGUACUUUGUGUGUGCAUCUGCUAUCUUAAAAAAAAAAUGGUCAGAUCACCAUUCUGUACUUUUGGGGAAAUUGUCCUUAGUAUUUUUGUCAUUUAGGAAAUGUGCCUAUUUGCCAAGUAUUCUUUAACAUAACAAAAUAACACUUUAAUCCCCCUCUCACUAUAUUUGUCUGAGAGUUCAGCAUCUUCUCGAAAGUGGUCAUGGGAAACUUGGACGCUGACAUCAGAAACUUUGAUUUUCUUCCUUUCUUGAUGAUAUUCGGAUUAUUUUAAUGUUUAAUGCCUACCAAAACAUAGAAUUUAAUGAUUUUUAUAAUAAUAACAAAAGUCCUACUAUUUCGUAAGGCUUCUUGGUGCCUUAUCAUUCCAAAAAUACUAAAAAUGGCCAGCUGUGAUCCCAGGGGUUGAGAGGUCUGACCAGUUAAAAUUCCGCCAACCUGUGUUCAGAUGUAAAGGCCCUCUGUCCCUACUUCUGUUCUCUUAAUGCGUCUUCUCACCCAGAGGCACUCCUCUAACUUAGGUUGCUGGUGAAAUUAUUUAGGGUUUUGGUUACUUCUAUAAUAACAAACAUUUUAAUGGCUUCUUUUUCCACUAAAAUGCAUUUACAUGUGUAAGCUGCCUACUCCGCUUAUUGGCACACUUUUGGAGACAGAGGAUGGACUGUGUUAUGCUUGACUUCUUGACAACAAAGAAAAUGCCAACAUUUCUCAAAAUAAGUGGAUAUUCUGACAUAUCUCAGAACUAUUCAUGAGUCGGGUUCCUGAAGAAUAUCUCACAUGUUGUUGGUGUUUGGGUGGAGUUCUUCAUUGUGUUGUAAAUGUUUCAUUAAGGUGGACAUUUUAAAAAAGAUGUAUGUAUCUGAUUUAUCUUUUGGAAAUAUUAUAUUUUUCAUUUGUAUUUUUUACAUUUUAAAGGUCAUCUCUAUGUGCAGCUAUUUUUAUAUUGCCAAAAACUCACAUAAAUGCAUAGUAAGAGGGAAAUGGAAAAAAAAUGACAAGUAUUUGUAAGAUGACAAGUGUUGCCUUGUAGGUUUGUUUUUUAAUGUUUCAUGGGCCAGUCUCAUGUUCUCGGUUAUUCUAAUAAUGUGUUGUACCUUUUCACUGUAUAUAUGGUGCAAACCUGAUGGUCUUGGUAGUGUAAAUAUUUAAAAGAUUGAAUUUUUCCCAUUUGAUUUCUCAUUUCAAUUGUCAUUUUUCCCGCUGUCAUUACUGACUCAAUGGCCUGUGAAGGCUCUGAUUUGCAAUUUGGAGAGAAUUGCUUUGGGUUCAUUUUCUAAUUUGUUUUUAAUUUACUUUUAAAACUUGUUUUCAGGGUUCCUAGUUUGUGAGAAGUUGAUCUUCGGAAUUAUUUUUACACUAUUUAUGACUUAUUUUCAUAAUGUAAAAAGUGUGUAAUUAUUACAGUAUUAACCCAAACCAUGA